AAGAUUGCUUCUUGGGCUUUGAACCCAACAAUUAUCACAAUUGUCAUCCAUUGAAAUUGAAACACUUCUGAAAUUGUGGAACACUUCUAUGAUUUUAUGAGUAUUUUGACUCGAAAUAACAUGAGAUCGUGAAUAUUUUCAAAGUCCAUUUAUUUUUCUUGCUGUACAUUUUAUUACAUUCAUUCUUGACGACACCAUUUUUCGUAUACCAAUACAAACAAUCUUCGUGUAGGCUACACCCGUAUUUCGGGUCACUGAACUCUCGUUCAAAAUAAACUUCAUUGAAGACUACUUUUCAUUGUCAUCUGAAUCACGGUCUGUCUUUCGCACAAAUUUUUAAAGCGAUAGCAUAAUCGCAUGCGAAUACCUUUUCCGAAGAAUAUCAUCUCCAAAUCAAUAUGCACGAAAGCACUGGCAGAGAGCCCAACGCUGUCAAAAUAAAUGGCACGGAAAACGGAGGAAAAACUCCGUUUUUAAUCGGAGUGGCGGGAGGAACCGCGAGUGGCAAGUCGACAGUAUGCAAGCGAAUCAUGGAACAGCUUGGCCAGGCGGAUAUGGACCACACGCAGCGACAAGUUGUCACUAUCAGUCAGGACAGCUUCUACCGUGAGCUCACUCCGGCGGAAAAGGUGCGAGCCGAGAAGGGCCUAUUUAAUUUCGAUCAUCCGGAUGCUUUCAACGAGGAACUGAUGCUCAAAACGCUGCAAGAGGUACUGGCGGGGAAGAAGGUCGAAAUCAAUGAGUAUGACUACCGUUUGAAUUCGGUAUGUUCCGACAAGAAGCUUGUGAUCUAUCCAGCAGACGUAGUGUUGUUCGAGGGCAUUCUGGUGUUUUACUUUCCGGCUAUCAGGGAUCUGUUUCACAUGAAACUGUUUGUGGACACGGAUUCCGAUACUAGGCUAGCCAGAAGAGUUCCUAGAGAUAUCAACGAAAGGGGGCGUGACUUGGAACACGUUUUGAACACCUACAUGACUUUUGUAAAACCAGCUUUUGAGGAGUUCUGUUCACCUACUAAAAAGUUUGCCGAUGUAAUCAUUCCUCGCGGAGCUGAUAAUACAGUGGCCAUCGACCUCAUUGUGCAGCACAUCCGCGAGUUCUUGAACAACCGCACCCGACAGGACCACAGUCCCCAUUUGGCGACGGGUGGAACCAGCGCUCUGAAUCUGCCCUGCGGCCGAGCUCAUAAUGCUACUGAUGACCAAGAUGGCGAAGGAGUGCGGAAAAACGGUGCAUACAUAACUGAGUCAAUGUAGGUCUACAUACGAGACUGAUUCUUUGGUUUUUUUUCUGAAAAUCGUUACGAACUUUCCGGGCAACUCGAUAGUUCAGGAUGUAUUUUGUUUAAUACCAGUGAAUAAUACAUGUUUUGUUCACGUGUUAGUUCAACGAUCAACACGCCGUAAUUGGCAUCGAUAAUCCGAAUAUAUCACCACAAUCACCCGAUUCUCACAGUAAUAUCUCGAUCCAUUUUUUUUUACUCUCCUUCAAAUAAAGCUACCUUCAAACACUAAACAGAAGUAGAAGCAAUACCAUAAGCAGCUGAUGCAUUCUGCUGAGUUGAUUUGAUGUUUGCUAGUUCUAUACCACAAAAAAAACCGAAUUCGUAGGCGUUUUAUCGUAAGCAAAGACUCAUGAUCACUAACGUAGUAGCUAAUUUAGGCUAUUUAUUUUUGUUCCGAAUUCUCGAGUUUCUAACUAACCGGCUGGUUGAACAAACAUACCCACGCACAUAUGAAAUUUCACAAACCAGACCCGACAUUCAGAGUGAACCCAAAAAUAUAACAUCCUAUUGAUUAUUUUAUUCUGUUCUCGAUUCAAACCUGACCAUCUCUAGUCCGUUACUUCGUUUUUCAUUGAGACAAGCAAUUAGAAGGGGUAAAUUUAAAGUUAUAAAAAAAACAAAUAUACAAUGGUUACAUUCAUUCGACUACUAACAGCAGCAAGGUUAGAACCAAUACCAAAAAUUAGUGCUAGUGUUGUACAGAAACCUCCGCGUGAUGAAAUGCACCGCUGAAUGUUAAUAUCUGUUAAUCAAACUCAGUUAACCAAACUCAAACGAUCGCUGUAUGAAACUAUAUUUAUAUUUUAUUCUUAUCUCACCAAUAAAUACUCUGAUUGUUUCUUCACCCAACGAACUCAAUAAUAUGUAAAUCGAAACAUGAAAAAACUUCUCUGAAAGAUGAAAACUCUCCGACAUCAAGCUACAGACGCUUUUCAUCGACGGUCAUCAACAAGAAGCUGUUCUCAGUAGUACUCAACGAUUAGCGAAUCCUGGAAAGACAAACCGAAGAGCAAUAACAAAUUAAAUAAUAAUGUACGCGACAAAUUAUGCGCUAGUGACCACUAUUUUUUAGGAAUAAUAAACACCCAGUGCAAGUGCAAGGAAAAUUUAUUGAAAAGUAGGUGGUAGGUAGAGGCCUUUCGUUGAAUGCAAAAAAAAUGGAACAGCACUCAGAUUGGACAUUGUUACAUUCAGGACAAUUGCAAAUCAGUUACCAAAUAAGCGGAGAGCGUAACUUUACGAAGCUAAAAUUCCGUGAAUUCAAUUUGAGGAAAUAAAAUAUCUUAAACGCGUUUUUUAAAUUAUUAUUUUGUUGUGAGUAUUUUAUUUAAUAAACUUGUGUAAAAAUGUA